CCUUUGCCUGCGAGGUUGAAGGAUGCGGUCGUCACUUCUCCGUGGUCUCAAAUCUGCGGAGGCACAAGAAGGUCCACAAGGGCGAUGCUCGCUCUGAGGCCGGCUCUGAAGACCACCAAUCCGAUUAAUCGGAUUUUACUCGCCACAUUCACAUGUACAACAAGCUGCCACGGUAGCAUUGAUGUCCUCGAAACGAUCCGCGGCGAGUAGGAUUCGUACGAGCUCACGAGUUUUCCCGGUUCGAGUCAUGACCAACAGUCUACACCCACUUUCGACACCAAAACACCCUCCACAUCCUGCGAGUGGCUCGACAACGGGGUUGCGACAUUUCAAAAUUUCUUAUAGACGGUUCUCGUUUUUUUCAUCGGGUUUCCCACGAUACCAUUCUUACAAUCGUUAUAAUAUCCAUCUAUCUGCGAGCGAAAGAGACAAAAGUCGGGCGGCGGCACAGGAAUUGGCGGGCAGGUUGUCACUUUCGGAUCAUCGUCAUAAAGGGUGUCUCAUGAUAUGUUGGAGAUCUUCUACCAAUUUUUUUUUUGGCUUAUUUUUGCCUUCGACGUAUUCGAGCCCGCGGGCUCCGGAACGAUGCGGCAGAAUCUACGGCGCCUCAUGGUUUCGAGGUACGCACAGGAAAGGGAGGAACUGUAGGAGGAGAAAGGGGGACAAGGGAGCGCGGAUUCGCUUCACUGUCGAUCUCUCAACCCCACACCACACAACCCCAAGAUACGGGUCAGGUUGGUGGCUGGACCAACCACGUUCUCGUGCAUUUUCGGUUUUCAAAUGUUCGAAAGAGGAAGAAGAUCUCCAAGAGGUUGUGGAGGACCUGGCGAUACCCUCACCCUUGGCGUUGAAAGGACAUUGGGCUGCACUUUUGUUUUUUCGCUGCGUUUUUCAUCACCCGUUAUUUUGUUGCGCGCUCAUCAUGUCAUUUCAGCCCGUUUGGGAUAUUCCACCCAAGGGUCACUUUCUAGAUGACGAAACCAGAGGUCGGUGCUUCGGCGGCACACCUCGCAAAAACUCGACCUUGUUCCCAAACCGGGAGGGCGACUUGUAGUACUAGCUUCCACACGAUGAUUAUACCCAUCAUACUAAGAAAUGCCAUUGCAUUUUCUAGUUUGCAUCGUCUAGGAUUUUUUUUUUUACUUCAAUCUUGAUACUCUACUCGUGACUUGAGCAGAGAAAAAGAGCAAAAAAACGAAUGACGGCGGGGGCGGCGAUGGACAAUGGAAUGGGUUGUGGUUUUAGGAAUCACUGGAUAUGGGUAUCAACGCACAUAGUACAUUGCGGACAGUAUAAUGUAAU